AUGGCGCGACACUACAGAUACCCGAACGAAAUGCAGAUUCGCACGCGGAAGGAGCGUGGCUUCUCAAAGGCCGAGUCGGAUUUGCCCGACUAUUCUCACUCGGCAUCGCCCAUGUCCCCCAAGCUGAGCACGACAAGCAAACUGAACGAUGUUCUCUCCUACCUCGGGUCGCGAAACCCUCUUCCACGGCCUGUGUCUGCUUCUGACACGGUGUGGCUGCUCGACAACACGGCGUAUCGCAAUGCGAAGACGGGCAAGUGGGAGGCCGAGUUCGUGUCGGCCGUAUUUGCGCAGCACCCGUCCUGCACGGUGAUCGACGCUGUCGCCUCUGUCGCCAGAAGCAUGGGACUUGAGGAUAGCGACCCGGCAUACCCCACAAUCCAGGAGAGGAUCAUGCCCUUCAUACAAGAUAUCCGCCCCGGGACACAGGUCAAGGCUACCCAGGCAGGGAGCAAGCAGUUUUUGCUGGGGCCGGGGGGCAGAAAUGGGAUCAGUAGCGAUAUCAAGAAGCUUGCGGACAGCCAAAGCAGUACGCUUCUGGUGCCUACCUUUGCCGAGGUGCCAAAGGGUGCCAAUGGCGUGUUGGAGAUGCGGACCUUCUACGCGGAGCCGGAAGGCUGGGGCGUCAUAUCCGAUAUCGACGACACGAUCAAGGUCACCAUGACGAGUGAUCCCAUUGGCAUCCUGCGGUCAACUUUUGUCGACAUCCCAGAGCCCUGCCCCGGGAUGCCAGAGCUUUACACCUACCUGCACUCGCUCAUCCAAGAGACGUCGCCGUUCUUUUACCUUUCAGCAUCGCCCUAUAACUUGUAUCCCUUCUUGCGCGACUUCCGCCAGCGACACUAUCCACACGGUACCAUCAUUCUCCGCGACUCCAGCUGGAUGAGCAUUCCAGGGCUGUUAUCGCAACUUACACUUGGCACUGGUGAUUACAAGGUAGAUCGGAUGGAGAAGAUCCAUUCAUGGGUACCCAAGAGGAAGAUGAUCUGUAUUGGCGAUUCGACGCAAGCAGACCCAGAAUCGUACGGUGAAAUUUAUCGCAAGUUCCCUGGCUGGAUCAAACUGAUCCUGAUCCGAAAGGUUACCGAUAUCGCUGCCAUUGGUAUCGAAUCCAAGAAUGAGCCUGAAAGGUUCGAGAAGGCGUUCAAGGAUAUCCCGAAGCAAGACUGGCAUGUCUUCGAGGAUGCCUCCGAAUGCAGGCAAAUACUCCAGAACCUUGUUUCAUCUGGCCAUGCUUAG